AUGACACAAAGCGAGACUGAAAUUACCGAGACAGAGUCACUUGUACCGAGAAAGAACGUCAAAUACGGAUCUACCAAAGAAAUAACACAAGUAAGCACGGACGAUAUCGAUGAGCUUCCGUUGACGAUUAGAGAAGUGGUUCCUUUACAAGAUGAUCCCACCAUACCUGCUAUUACGGUGCGGUAUUUUAUCCUUUCCAUAAUAUUUAUUAUCCCUGGUGCAUUCAUCGACACUAUGAACGCAUACAGAACCACAUCUGCGGCAUAUUCGAUAUUCUUUGUCCAGAUUGUAUCACACUGGGCGGGGAAAUGGCUAGCAAAGACAUUGCCAAAGAAGAAGAUCAGAAUACUAGGAUACGGCAUUGAUCUAAAUCCGGGUCCAUGGAGCAUUAAGGAGACAGCCAUGGUGACCAUCACCGCAAACAGUGGUGCUACAGGUAACAUGGCCACUAACGCAAUUUCGCUCGCUGAUUUGUACUUUGGCGAGAAAGUGAAUGCGCUUGUCAGUCUAGGAUUCAUGUUUGCCAUUGUGUUUGUGGGUUAUUCGUAUGCUGCGCUAGCUCGAGGGUUGGUCUAUGAUCCUCAGUUGACCUGGCCCCAGGCAUUGAUGCAGACGACAUUGUUGCAAUCCCAGGCUAAAGCUGACGGGAAGAAUAAUAAGCAGAUGAAGGUAUUUUUUGUGGUGAUGUUGAGCAUCAUGGUGUGGCAGUUCUUUCCCGAGUUUGUGUUUCCGUUUACUUCUUCAUUAGCGGUGUUGUGUUGGAUUGCACCGUAUAACGAGACUGUCAACUUUAUUGGCUCUGGUCUUGGUGGUAUGGGAGUGUUGAAUUUCUCAUUGGACUGGGCAAAUAUCACUAGUUCGAUCAUGUUGUAUCCUUAUUGGAUUCAAGUGAUUCAAUUCAUUGCAUUUGUCAUCGGGGCUUGGAUAUUGAUUCCAUUAGUGAAGUUCACGGGAAUUGUUGAUUUCAAGCAUGGAUUGAUGUCCAAUAGCUUAUUCACCACUAAUGGUACGAUCUACCCCACCAGAGAGUUGUUAACAUCCGAUCUUCAGUUGAAUGUCACUGCAUACGAGAUUUACGGUCCGAUCCAUUUAGGUGCUCAGCGUGCGUGGAAUAUGUUCUUUGAUUAUGCUGCGUAUAUCAGUGGUAUCACUUGGGUGGUAUUAUUCGGAUGGGAUAAGUUUAAACAGAGUUUCAGUAGAGUUAAUACGUCUCCUGUCAAGUAUACUGACCGAUUGAAUAAACUUCAGGCAAAGUACGAGGCCGUACCUCUGAGUUGGUACAUUACCUUGUUUGUUAUUUCAUUCCUUAUAUUAAUGACAAUUUUCCUCAGUGGGAAUAUGUUUAUGCCAUGGUGGGCCUGUAUUGUCGCGUUAGUCCUUGGAUCAAUAAUCAUUACACCAUUAGCUUGGCUUUACGCCUUGUCUAAUUUCCAACUUGCUAUCGGGACAUUCAAUGAAUUGGUUUAUGGAUACAUGAUUCAAUAUUCAGGCACAGCUUCCAAACAUCCAGCCGGAGCAUUAGUAUUUGGAUCCAUAGCAGGCAAUGCAUGGUACAGAGCACAGUUCCAUUUAGAAUGCAUGCGUCUUGGAUUCUACAAUCAUCUUCCACCCAAGGCAGUUUUCUUUUCGCAGCUAUUCGGUGAAUUCAUUGGGAUACCGAUAAAUUACAUUGCCCUUCGUUGGGUAUUACGCACUAAAAGGGAAUACCUUACUGGUGAGUUAAUUGACCCCUUGCAUCAAUGGACAGGACAGACAAUCAGUGCCAGCCAUACCAACGCCAUCCAAUAUGUCGUGUUGGGUCCCUCACGUCUUUUUGAAAACUAUCCGUUACUCCCAUAUGGGUUCAUUCUCGGGUUCAUUGGCCCAUACUUGAUAUACAAACUUCAUACCAAGUACCCUGCUUACAAGUUCAAUCUUUGGAACACCACUGUUUUCUUUUCAUCCAUGAGUAAAUUCUAUGGGAAUAUCAGUACGGGAUACUUGUCACGAUUCAUUGGUGGAACAAUCACGAUGUUUUGGGCAUUUAGGUAUCACCAUAAGCAGUGGAAGCGAUAUAACUAUAUUUUGGCGGCGGCGUUGGAUACGGGGUAUAAUUUAGCGGUAUUGUUAAUUUUCUUGUUGUUUUCGUGUUUUAUCAAGGUGGAGAUGGUGCAUUGGUGGGGGAACAAUGCAGAUAAUAUAGAGAGAUGUUUUGCAUUGUAUUAG